CUCAACGUAAAGUUAUUCAGUGUGGUCCGUCAGACAACAUGCUUCGUUUUACAGUGUUAGCUUUUGCAUUGACUGCCGUGUUGGCCGACGGUGAGGAUAAGAAAAAAUGUAUGAGGGUGUUUCAUCCGGGAUCUAUGCAUUGCUGUAAAAACGAAAUUAUGCCACCGAAAGGAGAAAAAGAAGAGCUGAAAGAAUGCUUCAAGACUCCACACGCUCACCAUUCUUGCGAGCAUGAUAUUUGCGUUGGGAAGAAACUCGGGUACGCCUCCGAUGACGGUACAGUCGACAUGGAUGCAUGGGAAAAGGUCGUUACGGAACAAUUUAAAAGUUCUCCUACGUUGUUAGAAGCCGUCAAAGAGAACUGUAUCAAGGGUGACAUCAGCAAAUACGGACCACCUGAUGCUUGCCAGCUGUCCAAAUUGAAGAUGUGCCUGCAUAGGUCCAUUAUCCUAGACUGCAAGGAAUGGGAUGACAAUGGUCCGUGCGCUGGCAUGAAGGACCUGGUCAUGGAGUGCGCCAAGAUGGAUGAAUAAACAACUGACUACCUA